AUGUCGACUACUUGGGGAGAAGCUUCAUGGCCUAUUGACCAAACGAGAGCACCUGCUUAUAAUACAAAUCCAUCAAAUAGAGAGGAAGACCCGUGGGGACCAAGGAAGGAUAUCCCCAAAACAUGGAGUGCUAAUGCCAAUAAAACUGAUGAUGAUGAUACGUGGGAUCCAAGUUAUAAUAAUAUUAAAACAUCUCCAAAAGUACCUCGUCCACAACCUCCAAAAGAUCAUAAUUAUGAUAAUGAUUCCGAUUUUUUAGGAGUACGGCGAGAACAAGCUGUAUCAAUGGAUAAGGUUUCUUCCGCGAAUAUGUGUAAUAAAGAGGUUCAAACAGAUCCGAUUGAUCUGGCGCACAUAAAGCUUUUACCACAAAAAUGGACAACUUGGGUUAUUCAGGAGGUCCCCCAACCGACACCUGGUGGUAAUUCAUUUAACUGCUACAAUUACAAUCAACCUGGUUAUCGCGCGUCCGAAUGUAAUGAAGAAGGUGAUGGUGGUAGAUCAUUUAACUGUUAUAAAUGCAAUAAACCUGGUCAUCGCGCGUCCGAAUGUAAUGAAGAAGGUGAUGGUG